CAGCGUGGGGGUGGAAGGAAAAAAAAACCCUUUUCGCGGUAUUUGGCUACUGGGGGGGGAGAGGAAGAAAACCCCCCCCCGGAAUUUAUAUUUUCUGGCGGGUGAGAAAUUGGUCAUGGCUGCUUAGGGGAGCCACGUUUCUCAGCUACCCGUUUUCCCAAGUGCCAUUUCUUUCCCCCUCCGACAUAAUCUUCUGAAAAAGGCUUAUCCGUCAUGGUAAUAAUGGAUGAUUAAAUUGAAAAUGCAGCGCGCUUUCCUUUAUAGUCCAAGUCGUAGCCCCCAGCUAUUUGCGAGAUACCGUGGCAACUUCCCGUGAAUUUCUUGCUGGGGAACACCACAAAAAGAUGUCAUAAUAAAAAAUGAUGCUCCAUCAACAUUACUGUUAGAGAAGCAUGCAGACUACAUCGCUGCUUAUGGAACGAAGAAAGAUGAUUAUGAAUAUUGCAUGUCAGAAUAUUUAAGAAUGAGUGGUGUCUAUUGGGGAUUGACAGUAAUGGAUCUUAUGGGGCAGCUUCAUCGUAUGAACAAAGAAGAAAUUCUGGCAUUUAUCAAAUCAUGCCAACAUGAAUGUGGUGGAAUAAGUGCCAGUAUAGGCCAUGAUCCUCAUCUUUUAUAUACAUUAAGUGCUGUUCAGAUUCUAACCCUGUAUGACAGUCUGGAUGUUGUUGAUGUAAAUAAGAUUGUUAGUUAUGUAAAAAGCUUACAGAAGGAAGAUGGAUCAUUUGCUGGAGACAUUUGGGGAGAAAUUGAUACUAGGUUUUCAUUUUGUGCAGUAGCAACUUUAGCCCUUCUGGGGAAGUUGGAUGCAAUUGAUAUGGACAAAGCAGUAGAUUUUGUGUUAUCAUGUAUGAAUUUUGAUGGAGGAUUUGGUUGUAGACCAGGAUCUGAAUCUCAUGCAGGACAGAUCUAUUGUUGCACAGGAUUUCUGGCUAUAACUGGCCAGUUACACCAAAUAAAUGCUGAUCUUCUAGGAUGGUGGCUUUGCGAACGUCAGUUGCCAUCUGGUGGCCUUAAUGGAAGACCAGAAAAGUUACCAGAUGUAUGUUAUUCAUGGUGGGUAUUAGCAUCCCUGAAGAUAAUUGGCAGGUUGCACUGGAUUGACAGAGAGAAAUUAUGCAAUUUUAUCUUGGCUUGCCAGGAUGAGGAAACUGGAGGAUUUGCUGACAGACCGGGAGAUAUGGUGGAUCCAUUUCACACUUUGUUUGGAAUUGCUGGAUUAUCAUUACUGGGUGAAGAACAGAUUAAGCCUGUAAAUCCUGUGUUUUGUAUGCCUGAAGAGAUCCUUCAAAGAAUAAAUGUACAGCCUGAACUUAUUAGCUAGGGUACAGUAUGUAUAAAAUACUUUAAUAAGCAGCUUUGAAUUUUUCCAUCAAGGCAUUUCUAAAUGUGUUUACAUUAUAAAUUGCCACUUUACUGUAAGCACUAUCAUUUUGUACAUGUUACUGUAAACAAAGUAAAUAAACUGAGUGUGACAUGUACUUGAGGUUUUCAGUAACAGAUAUAUGUAUUUAAGUAUUUUGCCUUCAGUGCUGCUUCACUUUGAAAAUAACAUACUGUGUUAGGUGCAGUAGAUAUAUACUUGAAUUAUGAUUAUGAUACAAUCAUUCAUCCAUCUGGGUGAUAAGCAACAAGUACUAGAUAGUAAAUUGUCCUAGGCAUUUCUUCUGUUGAUAGAAAUUUACUUGUUUAUUUUGCAAGUGACAGUUCAUGCACUUGAAUGCCCCUUCAGGAUAUGCGAUAAUUAAAUCCAGUUUAAUUUAUUUGUCAAACCAUAAUAGAAGAAAUACAAUGGUAUCCAAAUAGUUAUUCUCUAUUAGUGACAUUCUUUAAAGAAAACACAUAAUUAUAAUGUAACUUGGUUUUAACUAAUGGCCUUGCUGAAUUUUACAAAUUGUUUUCUUUGCUCUAAAAUAUUUAUUAUACAAUGUGGCUUGAAUCCCAAUUUUAGUAAACUUGGAAUAAUUGUAUAUAUUCAAGAAUAAAGUUGUAUAAGAUUGUUUUCUGCAAGAGAAAAUACUUGUUUCCAUUAGAAUUAUAGAAAUGUCUCUAUUUCAUAUGUCACAACUGCAUUUGUAAGUUGAUUGAAAUCAAAGUAUAAAUAAAUCUGUUUUGCUUAAAACAGAUUAAA